GCCGUUGAAUCAAGCUUGUUCCUCACUCCCAGUCAAGCCGCAUACUCAUCAUCAUCACUUCUAGUCUGUAUCAACUUAGACAUCUUCCACAAUGAAGUCGAUUACUCUGGGUAUCAACCUCUCUCUCGCCGCCUCGGCUUUGGCAUACAGGAUUAACGCCCAAUGCCAAAAUGCUCAGGUGAUAACUCGCGAUGUUGCCAUUGUUGGUGGCGGCGCGACGGGUACCUACGCGGCUCUCAACCUGAAGGAUGAAGGCAAAUCCUUUGUCAUCGUCGAGCGUAAGAGUUACCUAGGUGGCCAUACGGCUACCUACCACGACCCUACGACCGGAACGCCCAUCAACUACGGUCUGCAGGUUUACUGGGACAACCCGAACUCUCGCUACUUCUUCAACCGCCUGAACAUCAGCGUCUCCCAGGGCACAUUCCCGUCUAGCAAGGCCUCUUUGUACAUCGACUUCACCGACGGCACACAGCUCACUAACUACUCCGUCCCCACCAUCAAGCAGGACUACAUCAACGAGCUUCACAAGUACCCUUACAUCGAGAACGGCCUUGAGCUCCCUGACCCGGUGCCCGAGGACCUUCUCCUGCCCUGGCAGGAGUACAUGGACAAGUUUAACCUCACCGACGAUGCUUACUCUACGUACUCGCGCCCCGCCGCGACUGGUGAUCUGACUAAGACCCUCGCCCUCUACGUGUUUAACAACCUCAACACCGUCAUGAUCGAGGAGGAGGUUGACGGCAAGACUAUUGUCAACGCUGACGGCGACUACGGCGAGCCUUAUCGCGUCGCCCUGAACGAAUUCGGCGACAAUGUUCUCCUCAACUCUACCGUUACCAGCGGUACUCGAGGCAACACGACGUCUGACGGUGUCACACUCUGCGUAUCAACCCCUCAGGGUAACAAGCAGAUCGUCGCCAAGCAGCUCAUCUUCGCCGCUCCCCCCGUCAUGGAGAACCUCGGCGUCUUCGGCCUGGACCAGAAGGAAGAGGCCAUCUUCUCCAAGUUCGCCGGCGGUAUGUUCUACACCGGCGUCGUCACCAACAUCGGUCUGCCCGCCAACAACAGCUACGUGAACCGCGGCGCCUCGACCGAUUACCACGUAUACUCCGUGCCCGGCAACGUGAUGUUCAACCCGACCAAGGUCGAGGGCACGUACUACUACUGGUACACGUCGCUGGAGCCCAUGACCCAGCAGCAGGUCGAGUCGGCGACGCGCGACACGCUCAAGCUGCUGCAGAAGAGCGUCAAGGGCUCGAGCACGGAGGCGGAGCCGAACUUCGUCGCGUACAACAGCCACGCGCCGCUGCACCCCACCACGGACGCCGACUCCAUCCGGGCCGGCAUCUACCGCGACUACUACAACAUCCAGGGCUACCGCAACACCUGGUACACCGGCUCCCUCCUCGUCACCGGUUCCCCGCAACUGUGGAACAUCACCGCUCAGCUCCUGCCCAAGAUCAUUGCCGCCGCCUAGAAGUAGAGGAUCGCCGACCAAGCGGUAGAUGAGGCUACCAUAAGCAGCUACAUGUUGGCCACAUAUGUUAUUAUAUGUCACUUGACGCAGCCAUGUAUAUGCGAGCUAU